UCGGUCCAUCUAUUCCUGGCAGUGUGGUGCUCGCCUCCGUCAAGUUCCUGUCUUGUCUUUUCACGCCGAUUAUCCUUACCACCUCUUUUAGUCUUAUCGCUAAUUACUAUAAUUUAAUUAACUGGAUUAUCAAAUACCUUCAAAAUAUAUUUUCCUACAGAAGUUCUAAAACAAGAAAAUAGAAAUGUAUUUGCGCGUUUUCAUGAUUAAUGUGUGGAUAAGUCAAUGAAAGAAGUAGCAAACUAUUCUUAUUCAUUUUACGUUUUAUUUUGUUUUAAUAUCUGAAAAAAUUUUUGGUGUGUUCAAGAAAUGUGUAUUCUAAAAUUGAACAUAGAUUGGUGAAAUAGAGUUUAAUUUGUUAUGUGUUGUGUAAUUCUGUGUCCCAAAGAAGAAUCUACUGUUUGUUAUCGUCGUCGAUAUCGGUUAAGACAAAUCGUCUAAGAAAAUUGACAGCGUAUCGUUCAUUAACGAAACAAUUACGAUUUGAUGUGACAAUGACUUUUUUAGGUACAUAUUAUGUGUAUCAUAAAAAAACUGAACAUAUAACUCAAUGUGACUACAUAAUUAUUUGUGUGAUUCGUGUGAGUUUUGUAUAUAAGUUCAGAAAGUGAUAAAAUAACUAUGAGAUUCAAUAUGGUGAGCACAAAUCCGCCUAUAGGGGCGAUUACCCUCAAUCGUAUGAGAAAUACUUUUUGCGGAGUGCCAAAAGCUGAAAUUGAACGUAGAACCAAUGCACUCUUGCAAUCCAUGACGAUCGAAGAGCUUUAUGCUGCACUGUUGUAUAUGAUCCAACAUCAGAUUGGCUUCGACGUUUCCAGAGAGUGUAGUCAAGAAACUCUUUUGAGCCAUUUACAAAAUGCUUUUAAAGUCGAUAAUGAGACACACGAAAGAGUGUUAGAAGAAACAAAAAAUCUCGAACCACCAGAAUUGCAUCUGAAUGUUGAAGUGAUUGAAGCCAAAGAACUAGUCUCUAAAGAUUCUAACGGCAAAAGUGAUCCUUUUUGUGCCCUUUAUCUUGAAUCAGCUCCGACCAGAAGAUAUAAUACUGCCGUGAAAACUUGUACACUCAGUCCAAUUUGGGAAGAACAUUUUGAAUUACCAUUAGAAGAUCCUGAAAACGACAUCUUGUGCCUUGAAGUAUGGGAUUUUGAUGCUGCUGAAACCGUGCCUGAAAAAAUGAGCAAAGUUAAAGAUGUUAAAGGUGUUCGCGGAUUAGUUAAGUUAGCUAAGGAAAUUGCAGUAACGGCUACGACUGGUAGUCAUGAUAAUGAAUUCAUUGGUCGAUGUCGAAUACCAUUAAAGGACAUACCAUCAACGGGACAUACUAUGUGGUACGCUUUAGAAAAGAAGAACAAAUCCAAACGUCGAGGCGUUAUAAAACUUCGAUUGGCUUUUAGUGCAGAACAUAAUGUACAAGUGGCCGCACAAGAACAUCGACAUUUGUUAAGAGUAUUGCUACUUCAUGAGAUUGAAGCGGAAAAAAUCGAAAAAUACUGUUGGUGUGGUCGUUGGUCGGGACCAGCCGAAGCUCUCAUUCUUCAGCAUAGUGCUCAACGUGGUUUACUAGCUAGAAAUCUCGCUUUGGCACAAUGGGUGGAAUACGCAAGGAUUCACCAAGAGCAUCCAUUAAGUUUCACAGUUUUUAAUAAGCUCGCAAUUGAUUUACUCAGACCAAUGGACAGUGGCUUAUUCUCCGCCGAUGAAACUAGAUUAUUCUGGGAUGCCACCAAAAAAGUUCUGUAUUCAUGCUUAAAUAGUAUACGAAAAAUUCGAAGACUGACUUUGGGGGAUAAAAAUGUCAUGAUGCAACUGUCCGCUAUUUUGGGGAUAUUAUCAUCCAUAUUCUCUCUAAAAGUUCCUGAAGACAUUGACCUCUUUCCGGUCAAAAUGUACUCUUGGUUUCCUCAAUUUGACGAAAAUGUCAAAAUGGAUGUACUUCAAGGCUUGGAAAACACUGUUAUUCAAAGCUGUGCAGAGUGGUUUGAUUAUAUAGUAAGCAAUAAUUCACCUGAAACAGAAUCGGACGAAGAUGCACUUAGAUAUCAUAUUAAAAUAAUUCAAUUGAUUAGAUCAGACUUACAGAAAGCUAUCGAAAAUUAUGACAAGUUAUUCAUAAAAAAAAUCAAUAUUCCGUAUGCAAGACUGUUGUAUAUUGCGUAUGAAAAGAGAAUCAGCGAUAUGUGCAUGAUUAUUAUAGAGGAUGUAUGCGCCAGAUUAAAACGAAUUGAAGUUGAUAGCACUGACAACACGGAAUUAAGUUUAGGCACAACUUUGUUUGAGCUUUAUCUUACACUUCAGAGAUAUGCUAUACUUGGUCAGGUACUUUGUGCCGAAGGACAGCUGGAGGAUAUGAAGAUACAAAAAUAUCACGAGUGGUUUCGAGGUGGUGUCGCACAUUGGUUGGACAUCGCAGUAUACAAAGCACUUAAACGCAUUGACAGAGCAGUCGAGAUUGACUCUUUGCAAGCAGUCGACAAUAGCGUUCAGUAUAGUUCGAGCGCCGUGGAUACAUUAACAACUUUCUAUCAGAUCAAGGUCUUUUGGACACAACUUGCAUGGCCAGAUGUUGAAGGUUCCUAUACAUUUAUAGCAAAGAUCAUUGAUGACAUUUGUAAAUGUUCCAUUGCAUAUGCGGAUAAGAUGGCACAAAAAGCAGAACUGACAACGGAAUUAGAGCAACUCUCGCAGAGUAGCGUUUAUGAAAAGAAAUUUACAAUAUCAACGGCCUGGUGUUUUGCGAUUAAUAACAUAGAUUAUAUUAGAACGUCGAUCGCACCACUAGCCAAAGAUUUAGGACUGGAAGAAAUUGUAGAGGCUUUAGGGGAACACAAGACUCAAGAAGAGGCUGAUCGUUGUCGACAGACUCUUGAACUUAUUAUUGAUAACGCCACAGAUACUGUAAAGAAUAAGAUCAUAGAGUUGUUGGAAGUUGUAGCUAACAAAAUGGCUCCUGCGAUGAAUAGAUAUCUCAUGGAAGGAGCUGAAUUAAUUGAUACGACGAGCAACGCAAUGGAUCGUCUAUUACAGUAUCUAGAUAGUAAUCUGACAACAUUACAUGAUAAUCUAAACGAGGAUAACUUUAAUAGAGUUCUCCUAGUGAUUUGGGAAAUCAUGUCUGAGACGCUAUAUAAGUUAGUCAAUACUAAUUUAGAGAAACGACGACCGCCAGCUUUUUACUCCAAUUUACAUCGAACUCUUCAUACGCUCAUCCGAUUUUUUAAUCUCGGUGCCGAUGAAACAGCGAAUGUGCAAGUUUUAGAGAAGAUCGAACAUCUUUUAAAAUUACACGGACUUGAAACUGCUGAGCUCAUACAUCGUUAUCAUCAAGAACGUUUAGAAGAACAGAAAGAAAUUGAGGAACCUAUUUAUGGUCUUAUCACUGUCAAAGCACAUUUCAUCGAUAAUUUGCUGAAUAUACAGAUUUUGAAUGCAAGAAAUCUUCAUAGUAUGGAUAAUAAUGGCGAUUUUAUAGGCAAGCUGUCUACUCUUGAGCGCAAACUGCACUCAAAAUCUAAACAAAGACUGAAAGAAGGGAAGACAAGUAAAUGUGAUUCCUAUGUAAAAAUCAAAUUAUUGCCUGAUGAGAAAUUUGCGGAUAUAAAGGCGCCAAAAACACAUGUGCAAAAAGAAACACUUUUUCCCCUUUUUGACGAAACAUUUAACAUUAGUCUUACUCCGGAACAAAGAGCCAUAGAAAAUGCUAUAGUGGCAUUUGAAAUGAAAGACAAAGACUUUCUUAGAUCAAAAUUUAUGGCUGAAGCUUUCCUACCAUUUAGCGAGAUUCCUGACACUGAACCUGAAACUAACUUUCCAACUUUAGAACAAGUUCAUUUAAAACUUUCCCGACCAACCAAAAAAAGUACGGAUGUCGUUCGCGCAUUAGAGCAUCGAAAAGGAGAUACUCAGGCGAUGGAUUUCAUUGCAAAACUCAACACUAAAGCAAACUCUAAAUGAUCUAUGUGGAAUUUCGAUAUGGAUCUACAUUUGGAUCAUUUUCGAAAGUACUCAAUGCAAAAUAUGUUCAAGCAACUCAGUUUAUACAAAACGUAUCAAUGUUAAUAAUACGCCAGCGUUGCCUUACGAGAAGUUGCUGUAAAUAUUUUGUAACAAAUACUUUAAUCAUCAUGUUAAUAUGAUACUCUUAUAAUAGCAUGAUGCUCGCGAAUAUUUUAAGGCUGUGUAUAGUUUCGACUACUUAUAUAACUUUCGAAACAAUAACCGAGUAUUGCAUUUUAAAACUUUAAACAGAAAACUAUAAGGCUGAGUAAGUCCUAUUUGCAAAAAAAUACAAUACUUAUAAUUAUUAUGAAUUAAUAGA